AUGGUUGGCGCAGGAGUGGCAGUGAUCGCGCUCGGCUACGGCAUCAUGAAGGGUACCACACCGACCGACAAGCAGUUCUACGACAGUCUUUCUCCUGAUCUGAAGCGGCAAGUGGACAACCAGCGCUCGGCGGCCGAACGCAAAGCCGCUUACCGCGAGCAACUGAUGCGAGCCAAGGAAGGCGAGGACAACGGCCCGGUGUGGGCAGAGGCGGCCAAGGGCAGGGAUAGUACGCCACCGCCACGGACGUGA